UGUUUUCUUAUAGCUCUCCAUUUCCAAGAUUCCUUAAAAUUACCAAAAUGCCAUCCUUCUUCUAAGUACCAAACUGCCACUCAUUAGAGCUCCUGCAAAACCCUGCAGAAAUUCUUUAAUUUGGAUUUGAUAGAUGAUGAAGAUUAUCAGAACCUUCUCUCUGGUGAUUUUUCUAGGGUUUAUUACUGUAGUGGCGGUUGAUGGGAUAAAUCUCUGGCCGAUGCCAAAGUCGGUGAGCUAUGGAUCGUUGUCGUUGUAUCUGAGCAAGGAAUUCGAGCUUCGAACUGACUAUAAAGAUGCUUCCGGGAUAUUGAAGGAAGGAUUCUCGAGGUUUCUUGAUGUUAUCGAAUCUGCGCAUGUUGUUGAUGGGACAGUGACUGGUCAGGCAGCUGCUCUUGAAGGAUUGCAUGUGGUCGUUUCAUCGUCAGAUGAUGGGUUACAGUUUGGUAUUGAUGAGUCCUACAAGUUAUCUAUACCUGCAACCAGAAGUCCUAUAUAUGCUCAUCUUGAGGCACAGACAGUAUACGGGGCUCUUCAUGGAUUGCAGACUUUUAGCCAAUUGUGCCAUUUCAACUUCACAACCAGGAUAAUAGAAGUUCACCGGGCACCAUGGGUCAUCAUAGAUCAGCCAAGGUUCUCUUAUCGUGGGCUUUUAAUUGAUACUUCUCGACAUUAUCAGCCUUUGCCGAUGAUAAAGAAUGUCAUUGAUGCUAUGGCCUAUACAAAGUUGAAUGUUCUACAUUGGCAUAUCGUAGAUACAGAGUCUUUUCCAUUGGAGAUACCCUCAUAUCCAAAACUGUGGAAUGGUGCUUAUUCUGUUUCAGAACGCUAUACAACUGCUGAUGCAGUUGAAAUUGUACAGUAUGCACAGAAACGAGGGAUUAAUGUAUUGGCCGAGAUUGAUGUACCAGGGCAUGCUCUCUCAUGGGGUAUUGGCUAUCCUUCUCUAUGGCCAUCCUUGGAUUGUCAGCAGCCACUUGAUGUCAGUAAUGAGUUUACGUUCAAAGUAAUAGAUGGAAUUCUUUCAGAUUUCAGCAAGGUAUUCAAGUUCAGAUUUGUUCACUUGGGAGGUGAUGAGGUUGACACAAGUUGCUGGAUGGUAACUCCUCAUGUAAAGAAAUGGUUAAAUAAACAAGGACUGAACGGAUCUCAAGCUUAUGAAUACUUUGUCUUGAGAGCACAGAAAAUAGCAUUGUCCCAUGGGUAUGAAAUUGUCAACUGGGAGGAGACAUUCAACAACUUCGGCAGCAAAUUAAGCCCAAAAACAGUGGUGCACAACUGGCUCGGUGGAGGUGUUGCUCAGAAAGUGGUUGCUGCAGGGCUGAGGUGCAUUGUCAGCAACCAGGACAAGUGGUAUUUGCACUACUUGGAUACCUCAUGGCAGCAAUUUUACAUGAACGAGCCACUCACAAACAUCACAAACCCGAAACAGCAGAAACUAGUCAUUGGGGGUGAGGUAUGCAUGUGGGGCGAGCACAUUGAUGGAUCAGAUAUUGAGCAAACCAUUUGGCCACGUGCUGCAGCAGCUGCAGAACGUUUGUGGACGCCCUUUGAGAAGCUGGCUAAGGAUCCAAAGAAGGUUACAGGAAGGUUGGCUCACUUCAGGUGUCUGCUGAAUCAAAGAGGUGUUGCUGCUGCCCCAUUGGCCGGACCUGGUCGAGUCGCCCCUGACGAACCAGGCUCUUGCUAUAGGCAGUAGUCUGCUCCAAUCCAUUGGCCAGAAAGUUGCCAAGUUUGUGUAACAUUCUACAGGUUGUGAUGCGCAUGAUUCUGACCUGCGGAUUCGACCAAUCGAUUCCUCGGAAGAAAGGAUUGCCUCAUCGAUGUCUGAAAUUCAGGUAGGAUUUUUAUUGUUAUUUUUAUUUUUUGAAAUAAAGCAUUUUGCCCCCUCAGCAUAAAUUGGGCAGUGUCGUGGGUUAAUUUGCCUUGUAUUAUGUGAAACAGUUUUUCUUGAUCAAUGCACUCAUUGCUUAGCUGCAGUGAUAGUUACAGCCA